CGAAUGUGAGUGUUCUUUGUUCCCUCGUGCCUCUUUAUGUUUAGCUGUUUCGCAAACGAUUUUUUCUCAUUUAAUCAAUCUAAGAUAACGCGUGGUACAAACCCAGAUACCUAUAUAAAUUCUUGCAGACAUCUAGUGCAGUACCAUUUCACGAUGAUCCGCGCAAUCUGCUUCUUGGCCCUCGCGGUCGCAACUUUGGCUCUGCCAAACAAGUUCGAAAUCAACGUCGGAGAUCACAGAAUUGUGAACGGCACUGAUGCCCCCCAGGGAAAAUACCCUUCACAGAUUUCCCUUCAAUGGUUUGGCUCUCACUCCUGCGGAGGCAGCAUCGUGAAUGAAAACUACAUUUUGACUGCUGCCCACUGCGUCGAUGGCGACACCCCUGACCUCUACACCAUCUACGCUGGCAGUGUUGACUUGGAAGGCAACGGAGUGGCCAUUAACGCCGCUGAAUUCAAAGUCCACGAGGGAUACAAUCCUUUUAACAACUACAUUGACGAUAUCGCCCUGAUCAGGCUGGCUACCCCCCUCACUUUUGAUGAAAACAUUCAGCCAGUGAGCCUGCCUGAGCAGCUCCAGGAAAGUGAUGGAGGCACUUCAGCAACCGUCAUCGGAUGGGGAUAUCCUUACACCGGUGGUGACGUGAUGCAGUUCUUGCAAGAGGUCGACAUUUUUGUUGUGUCCGACGUCGAUUGCCAGGCGAUCCAUGACAAUCCCCCUCACGAAUCCAACAUCUGCGCCGGAGUGCCCGAGGGUGGCAAGGGACAGUGCAGCGGUGACUCUGGUGGUCCUCUGUUUGUCAACGGUCAGCAGGUUGGAAUCGUGUCUUGGUCUGUCAAGCCCUGCACCAUUGCGCCCUACCCGGGAGUCUACACCCAGGUUUCUUACUACAUUGACUGGAUUGCCGCUAACGCAGUUUAAGAUUUGUAACUCUCUCAAAAUGUGAUCAAUAAAUUUAAAUGUGUGAUAAAAA